GAAAAGAAAUGGAGCAAGCUCAGUAACUGCCCAGUCUAACGUCUUACUGAUAUCUUAAGGAAUCUUACGAAUACUUACUUUGAAUUGGAAAAAUGACUGCAGAUCUAGAAGAAAAUACAGGUUGUUGGAAAAGAAUACCUGUCAAAAAGUGGAACGUCCAAUAGUUAAUUUGGAAAUAGUGUAAAAUAAAUAUACCUGUUAUGGUACGAUUCUGGAGUGGAGUUAACUCUGUAGCACAUAGGUAGCUCUCCAAGGAGGGGGAGGAAAGAAAAAGAGCUUUCUGUUUUACUAAAUUAUGGAAAUUUUUUGGAAGACGUGGACAUGGAUUUUGAGCCUAGUCAUGGUUUCAUCGGAAUUUCACAGUGACAACAGGCUUUCAUAUAGUUCUCAAGAGGAAUUCCUGUCUUACCUUGAACACUACCAACUAACAAUCCCAAUAAGGGUUGAUCAAAAUGGAGCCUUCCUCAGCUUUACUGUGAAAAAUGAUAAACCCUCAAGAAGGAGGAGGAGCACAGACCCUUAUGACCAAGAACUGGCAGCAUCUAAAUUAUUUUUUAAACUUUCUGCCUAUGGCAAGCACUUUCAUUUAAACCUGACUCUCAACACAGAUUUGGUGUCCAGACAUUUUACAGUAGAAUACUGGGGGAAAGAUGGACCGCAAUGGAAGCACGAUUUCUUAGACCACUGUCAUUACACAGGAUAUUUGCAAGACCAACACAGUACGACUAAAGUGGCCUUAAGCAACUGCAAUGGUCUGCAUGGAGUCAUUGCUACAGAAGAUGAAGAGUAUUUUAUUGAGCCUUUAAGGAAUAUAACAGAAGGUUCUAGUAACUUUAAUUAUGAGAAUGGGCAUCCUCAUGUUAUAUACAAAAAAUCUACCAUGCACCAGCAACACCUCUAUGAUCACAGUCACUGUGGAGUCCCAGACCUCACAAGAAGCAGUAAACCUUGGUGGAGGAGUGAUGCAUCUGCUUUUCCAACUUCACUUCCAGUCAAUGACACGUUAAAUAGUCACAGUCGUCAGAAGAGAUCAGUAAGCCUAGAGCGAUUUGUGGAGACGCUGGUAGUAGCAGACAAAAUGAUGGUGGGAUACCAUGGUCGCAAAGACAUUGAACACUACAUUUUGAGUGUAAUGAAUAUUGUUGCCAAACUUUAUCGUGAUUCCAGUCUAGGAAACGUUGUGAAUAUUAUAGUGACACGUUUAAUUGUCCUCACUGAAGAUCAGCCAAACUUGGAGAUAAACCACCAUGCAGACAAGUCCCUCGAUAGCUUCUGUAAGUGGCAGAAAUCCAUUCUCUCCCACCAAAGUGAUGGAAACACCAUUCCAGAAAAUGGGAUUGCCCACCAUGAUAAUGCGGUUCUUAUUACUAG